AUGGUGCAUUGGGGGACUGUGUUUGUGACGGUAACAGCGGCAAGUUUCGUACUUGGGCGACGUGAACUGCCCAAGCUCGGACGCUUUAUAGGCCUCUAUAGUGGACGCUCAGUGGGUGCUAUUCUUCGUGCCAAAAUGGAGUUCUUUGAUGCCACGAAAGAUAAUGAUCUUGUCAAGCUUCAGCGUGAAUUUCAGCGUGGCAUUGAGGAGCUCAACGAGAUUCGUUCGGAGCUUACGAGCGUUGGUAGUAUACGAAGACCUUUACAGCCUAUAGGGAAGUCUUCCAGUGUCACGUCGAGUAGUAGUGCGGCGGCAUUUGUGCCUACUAGUGUAUCCAUGUCACAAGCAUCUGGAGGACGCUCGUGCGUUGCACUGGCGUCUACAACCGAGUACGAGGCGCAGAAUGAAGUGCGACGUAGUGAUGAAGCUAAGUUGGCUAUAGCUGAGUUGAAGUUGGUAAAGCAGGGCAAGUUUGCUUCAAAGGUCGAGAGUCAGGAAGGAGGUGCGGAUUACGUAUCUGCAAGCAUCAUGGACAGUUUGCUGCUUGACCAAACAAAGACAAAGCAGUAG